UUUAUCAAUGUAAGCAAUUAUCGCGCGGUUGUCACCUACAACCGUGAACUAAUUUGUUCGUGCUAAGGCGGCAACGGGUGAAAUUUUAUCAUAACUUGGCUUCUUUAGCUGUCAUGAAAUUUGCUUCGAAGCUCAGUGCUCACCUAACGCCGGAAUGGAGGAAACAAUACAUUGAUUAUGACGCACUGAAAGAAUUUCUUCUCACUUAUGCUGACAAAAAGGCUAGGGAAUCUAAAGAGUGGGAUGCCGAAUUCAUAUCAUUUAUUGAUAAUCAAGACAAGGACUUCUUUUAUUUAUGCGAAGUCCAGUUGCAGAAGGUGGACUCCUUUUUCGCAGAAAAACUUGCCUCGGUUAAACGAAGGUUUUUGGAACUCUUGGAAGAAGUUGACCACCAGAGUGCUCUUGAGUCCUCCAAAUAUUUUACCUUGAAAUCCUCUUCAUCACGCCGGCAUCAUGAGUCACUCCAUCAUUCACCAAUCGAACAUAAGGAAAUCGUUAAGAAAGAUGAUACAGAAGGUUUAGGACUUGAUAAUUUGGUUUUGGAAAGAUCUUAUGCCUCGGAAAUGGAUUCCCAGUCAAGGCGCCGGUGCUCCCAACCUUUUGUUGAUGGAUCUAAAAUUCGUAUGCACAAGCGGCCGGAGAAAACCUACAAGAAAUUGCAAGAUUUAAAACUGGCCUUCAGCGAAUUUUACCUUAAUCUCGUUCUACUACAAAACUAUCAGGUUCUGAACUUCACUGGUUUUCGAAAAAUCUUGAAGAAGCAUGAUAAGCUUUUCCGCAGGGACACUGGUGCAGUAUGGCGAAUGGCAAACGUAGACGAGGCUGAGUUCAACACAAACAGAGAUAUCGAUGAACUUAUUGCUAAAGUAGAAGAUAUUUACACAGACAAGUUAGAACACGGUGACCGUUCGAAGACAAUGAAGCGUUUGAGAGUUCCGCCCUUAUCGGAGCGCCAUAACCCCAAGGCUGUCUUUCGCUUUGGAUUCUUUGCUGGUGUCUUUCUGGUUCAACUAGUUGUUAUCACUCUAACAUAUACCUUCCUGCAUUCUCUCCCCAGAAAUUAUGUUCCCGCUUUGCGUAUCUUCCGGAGUACAUUUCUUCUCAUCCUCUUCCUUUGUCUUUUUGGCUUGAAUACAUAUGUAUGGCGUACAUCUGGUGUCAAUCAUGUGCUUAUAUUUGAAAUAAAUCCCAGGUCGCAUUUGGAUCACUAUCAACUGCUUGAGACUUCUUUCUUUUUGGCUGAUAUCUGGGGUUGCGCCGUACUGUAUUUUAUGUACAGUGAAACUCUCAACAUUCCAAGUUACGCAUCACCUUUUGCUUUGGUCCUGUUCUUGGUCGUGUUCUUGAUCAACCCCUUUCGAUUCGGACACUUUAGAGCCCGAAAGUGGCUACUGCGCGUUUUGGGUCGCAUUGUCUCGGCUCCAUUUUACGAGGUUAAAUUCGCCGAUUUCUGGCUGGCCGACCAACUGAACAGCAUGAAUUUCUUGUUUCCUGAGAUCGCAUUUUUUAUCUGCUUCUACACAUCCCAAAUCGCCUGGAUGGACGGGAUGAAAUAUGUGCCUACGACAUCUAAUUUCAAUCUGACGGUUCCCAGUUGCGCCUCCAACAUCAAUCCUGUCAUUGCAGAGAGCUGCGAGUGUUCCGGAAUAAUGUUUGGAAUUGAACCAAUUCUGCGAGUGCUACCGGCAUGGUUCCGAUUCGCUCAGUGUCUUCGGCGAUAUCGAGAUAUGAAAGAAAAGCGACUUUCCCCGCACAUUAUCAAUGCUGGAAAAUAUUCAACCUCGUUUUUUCUCACGGCCUCCUCCGUUUGGUUUCGCCUUGACCCCAGAACGAUUGCCUUGGUCUUCUUUCUUUUAACGAACAUCUUGCAUUCAGUAUAUACCUAUUCAUGGGACAUUCGGAUGGAUUGGGGUUUGCUGGAAUGUGAAUCUCCGAAUCGACUGUUGCGCGAAGAGAUGGUGUAUCACCGGCACACCUACUAUUACGCGGCAAUAGUUGAGAACUUCAUCCUGCGAUUCGCAUGGGUUAUCCGCAUCAGUUUACAAGAAACCAUUGUACCUCCAACCGAGUUUAUCAUCACCAUUUCACGUUGUGCCGAAGUUAUCAGGCGAUUCAUCUGGAAUUUCUUUCGAUUGGAAAACGAGCACUUAAACAACUGCGGCGAGUUCCGGGCGGUCCGUGAUAUACUUAUUCGACCCGAGCGUCGAGAUUACAAUACGAACACAUUUAAUUCUCUCGCGCAUAUCAAUGGACCGAGGAGGGAGAUUCAAAAGGAUGUCGAUCGGCUACGGAUGGCAGCCUAUGCGAAUUCGGAGCGUUUUGAUACUGAAUUUCGGAACACCCCGGCACAGCGUAUUUGGAAUUGGCUCAGCAAGAAGGCAUUGGGACACAUUCGGCGUCGUCAUGUGGACCAUACUGCAAUCACAGGUGUUGAGUUGAUCCAGAAUGCACCAGCAUCAGAGUUUUGUACGUGGUCACAAACCUCGUGCGGAAAAAUCACAGCGGAACAUGUCCGAGAAAACUCAUUCAGGCGUUCGACUGACGAUGCUCUAGAUGACAUGUACGACAAGAGCUUGAAGUCAGAACCGAAUACACAAGGCGAUUCUACCAGAAAAAAUGCUUUCAGUCUGUUAACACGAUCGACUUUGAAUCUGAAUCCACCCGAACACAGCAGUCCAACCUCCGACACAAAUCAUUCACAUUCCAGAGCAAACCUUACCUCCAUUACACUCACAAGGCGAGCUUGUAAAAGGUCGACAAGCCCCAGCCCAGAAGUUGAAUACUCCAGCAGUAGCUCAGACCCAGAGGUAACUUCUGUACACCGCACGACGAACACAGUGACCCUGCUGUAUCAGGAUCCCGAAAAAGGCCUCAUUGUUACGAACAGAUGGGGAAAACCUGCGCCAACUUCCUGUUGUUUACUGAACUCCGGCACAAGUAAACCGAGGGAUCGUGCAGAAGUAGGCGGACGCGCUUCUCCCAAUACCCAAUCGGAUCAGGAUUUGCAUUGGGGCCAAAACACAACAGAACCUAUGGUUUCUUCGGGACAUCGUGAUGGAGAAAAGGCCGACAAAGUGAUGUUGACAACUGUUCCGGAUUACGACAACUUAGGAUGUGAUAACCAAUGAGCAUCAUUCAGUCGACUUCAUCAUUUGCAUUUCCGGUGAACGGGGGGAGGUCAUCUGUAACGAACUCCAAGAUGUUUUAUACGGCGCCCUGCUGUGACUAGGUGCUCAAUGAAUGCAACACAACCCCGUGAUCUCAGGACUUCAUGAAAUCUUCGCUCAAACUUGUUUGUAUCAGAUGUGAUUUCCAGAGCUGUUAUUUUUCUUUCGCUGACUGUAAGUUUUCUAAUUUUGUCGUUAACCUUUUGAAAUAAAGUCUGAUCGAAUACAGUGCAAA